GCUUCUUGUUCAGAUGCCCCGUAUGAUGUGUUACUCACGUGUUAUCGCCUGCUGGGCGCUGCUGGCUGCGUUAGGGCCAGCGACGCCGGCGACGAUCGAAGACCUGGAACGGCCGCAUCAAAUUGACGGUCUGAACAGCUCUCCUCAACUUACGCGCAGUUGUGAAUCGUCAACGAACAUCAACGGAACGCUGUUCCAAAACCCUGAAUAUCCAUCAGUCACAACCACUCCUAUAUGUGCCUGCAAACUCAAAGUUUAUCUUGUCAACAAGAAUAUCUGUCAGAUUCGCCUGGAUUUUAUAGAUUUCUCGCUAGCUCAGCCCAAUAGAGAAGGAGUGUGUGAACAGGAUUUCCUACAAGUGACUGGAGGAGUAACGAAUAUCCCACUAAUUUGCGGAAACAAUUCUGGCCAGCAUCUAUACAUGGACGUGAUCCCUGGCAGUAGGAGUGUCAAUAUCACCGUUCACACCUCAACAGCGGGUGCCAAGUGGAACAUAUCCGUCACACAAAUAAAGUGCAACGCAGUGAACAGAGCUCCGGCAGGAUGCCUUCAGUACUUCACCAACACAUUCGGAACCAUAAAAAGCUUCAACUCCCCGUACGACGCAAACCCUGAUUUGAUCAACACUGCACCUAUGGCCACCACGCAGCUGGCAAACCAGACUUACAGCGUUUGCAUUAAGUCGCAGUCUGGCUUCUGCAGCAUCGCUUACAGAAAAACAUCAGGGGUGACCAAUGACUACAGCUUCUCCUUGAGUGGUGAUCCGGCUGCACGGCCCAUAGGAACAAUCGGAUCAGUUGGCAGUACAGACUGCACAACGGAUUACUUGAUUAUUCCAAAUGGGAUCAUAACUGACGUAUCCUACCCCGCCAUCACCUCUGAUCGCUACUGCGGCGUAAACUUCCCGAGCAAAGUUGAAAGCCAGGUGCAGCCUUUCGUACUCUACGUUGUCACAGACGAGACAGAAACCAACCAUGCAGAUACAGUACUCAACGAUGGUGGCAACGCGGGCUUCUCCAUCAGCUACAGAAUACAACCUUGCUGAAAUAACAGUUGCUAUUGCCACUCUUGUGCUUGUUAUAUUUUAUUUAUUUGUUGCUAUGGCCAAAAAUCAAUAAUGCACCUGAAGUCCAACACCCCCACUAACCGAAUAAAAAUUAAUGAAAUGAAAACAGUAUGAAUCUGAUGAGUUCAAAAUGUAUGACGGUUUCAUUUGUCAAGUAAACAUAUCAAUACGGUUAAAUGGAAAUAUCUAAAUUAUUUCUAAUGAAAGAUUGAUUUCGUGCGUUGAAGCCUUGCAGCGAUAAUAUGCAACGGUUAUUCCAGUGCAGUGAUAAAGAGUGCAGUGGUUAUUCGAGCCAGUUUCUAGAAUACCCAUCGAAUCAGAAUAUCUGAAGAUAAUUUUGAAGUCGUCUAGGGCAAAAACUAGAAAUUUUGAUAUACGGCAGAGAAGUAAAUAAACAUAUAUAACGGUGAAGAAUGCUAAUUGAAUAUGGUGCCACAACUCGCAGUCUGAUUUGUCCCUCCCUCCCAAAAGAAACUGGAUAACAGAGCCAUUUUCGAACAGAGUUAUGGACUUGAAGCAAAGGGUCAUAUAAUUUUCUUAUCCGGUCCGCCCAUAGACCUUUAAAUUCGUCAACAAAAUCUUAUCACUAACUUACUAGAUUUUAAUUUCUACCGCUGCCAGUAUCUUCUCCAAAUGACACAAGUUUAAAAUCUUUUGCAUAUAGAUUUCACGCUUUCAUAUUUUUAUUGUC